CCGAAAAUCCGCGGAAAACCUCGAUUGUGCAGGAUCAAAAGGAUAUCCGGCGGAUAUUUUUGUAUUGUAGUAACUUAUUGUUUAUUCGGAUUGUUCAGUGCGUCUCAUCAAAAUUUUAGCAAACUGCUCACGUCGAACAAGUUUCAGGUAAAAACCCUGCUUGGAAAAUGGAGCAAAACGAUGGAGCAGAAACAUCGUAUGUUACUAUGGAAGAUAUCCUUAAGGAACAGGAAGAACUUGAAGAAACUUCGCAGGCCGUGCUGGGAGGGUCGGACGAAAAGAACUGCACAUACUCGAAGGGGUACGUAGAUCGGCAAGCGCUGUAUGCUUGUCUGACCUGUGUCCCGGAAGCCCGCCUCGAUGAAUCGAAAAGGAGUGGUGUUUGCUUGGCUUGUUCGCUGCAGUGUCACGACAAUCACGAGCUGUUGGAACUGUACACGAAGCGCAACUUCCGUUGCGAUUGUGGUGGCAAGCGUAUGCCGGAAGUGAAAUGCAAGCUGGAACCGAAGAAGGUGGAGGAAAACAGCCUCAACAGGUAUAAUCAAAAUUUCUCCGGUCUUUACUGCUCUUGUCAUCGUCCUUACCCCGACCCGGAAGAUGACGUAGCUGACGAAAUGAUCCAGUGCAUUAUGUGCGAGGAUUGGUAUCAUAUGCGGCAUUUGGAUGUGGAUGAGCCGAGGAACGAAAAGACGUACGCUGAGAUGGUCUGCGGGAAAUGCAUGGAAGCUAAUCCAUUUUUGAAGAACUAUGUGGGUAAAAUUGAAGACCAGAACAAAACCGUUCUGGAUGACACAGUUCAGGUAGAUGUAACUGGGUUGGAUGAGUCCGUUUCUAAGACGGUCCACGUCGCUACCGACGAAGCUGGUCCAAGUGAACCAAAACAGCGCCGGUUGGAUAGCUCCACAGUAGUCACUGAAGAAUCUCAAAAAGAGAAAUCGUCACCAUCAAUAGAUAUUUGCACAAAACCGCCGCUUGAGGACGACACCGAGAAAUGCUACAAAAAAGGUGCCACAUUCUGGACCGAUGGAUGGCGAAAGUAUCUCUGCCAGUGUAAGGCUUGCUGUCUCCUGUAUAAAGAGCACGAAGUAAUGUAUUUGCUGAACGAAAAAGAUACCGUACAGUAUUACGAAGAAGUUGGAAAACAACGGCAGGAGGGUGCCUCGGGAUCGUCCUACGAGCGAGGAAUGCAGAUGUUGGGGCAGCUCGACCGACUGACGCAGGUCGACAUGCUGACUGAGUACAAUCGAAUGAAGGAUCGACUUCGCGAGCAUCUGGCCCAGUUUGUAACGAACCAGCAAGUGGUUACUCAAGCUGACAUCACUGAAUUUUUCGCCAAGCUCCAAAAGGAGAAUCGUGAGGCCAAAUCAAAUGCACCUCCUUACUUCUGUCGUUAAUUAUGUUUGCUUUAUACUCAGGAUUCCAUUUGUCUAUCGUAUUACAUACC